AUGACAAGUCAAAAUAGAUCACUCAACAAGUCUCCCCUGGACGAUGCCACUCGAAGAGACAUCGUCAACAGCUUCUGGCCGACAGAUACACUCUCCAGGACACAGCAAGCCGACUGUGUUUGGGAUUCAUAUUUUCAAUACUAUACCAGACAAUGUCAUGAUGCGCUGAUCGAUCAAGGGCAAUAUGUCUUUGCUAGAACACACGACGAUAUCAUCGAUAUCGUCCGCCAGCUCGAGCAGUCAAGCCCAAGGAUGGUGCUGCGCCAGAAUUUGAGAUCAAGACUUGCCCUUCGUGGUCGGCCCAACGAGGACGACAUCAUUGACGGCACAAUUGACCUGUCAGCUCGACUAUAUGCCAUGGUAAAUAUUGCUAUUAAGAACCCCGUCAUAUCCAGACAAACCCAACUGAGGUGGGAGAGUGGGAGUCUCCAGGACUUCCUGCACGACUAUUUCAGUGAGCCACCGCAGCUUGGCGGGGAAAGUAUACGUUUAGAACGAAUGUUUACGGCGAUGAACCUGGAGCGCAUUGCAGGCAUCCAAUUCAAGCCAACGGACAACUUGGGAGACCAUUUGCGGAUGAUUGACGAAGAAGAAAAGAUUGUGGCAAUAUUCCACUGUGUGCCGUUUUUGAGGCAACAGCAAAGCAACGUAUUACCUAUCCGUCUGAAGGAAGAAACGUUGCGGACUCUAUCACUUCUCUUCCCGCCGCACGACCUCCAAACUCGAAAGUGGCUCAGCAAGCAUCCGGAGGCCUCCAAAUUGGACAGGUCGUUGUUCGGGUGCGACCCAUUAAGGCUCGACGACAGACAAAUCGCCAAAUUCCAUUUCUGGCAUGACCGAAUUGUAAUUCUAAAGCAAGCGUUUGACCAAGCUCGACCCUCAACGAUUUCCCAAUGGUGGUAUGAUCGCAGAAAUGGCGUCCAAUGUCCGGAGACGGAGAGCGCUAGCGAGAACACGAGGCCAGCAGUUCUACAGUACCGGUUAAGUGCGUAUGACUGGAAGGUCAUCGAGAUACUUGUCAAGCUUCUGAAACCAUUCGAAAUCGCCACAAAACAACUUCAGGGAAGCGGUAUUCCCGGAGCGAGGUCCACUUGUGGAAGUUUCGAUGAAUACUUCCCUGUCUUCGAGAUCCUCCUUGAUCACCUUGAAAGCGCCAUUGAAGGUACAAUAUUGGAAGAGGUUGAGGAUCCAGUGAGCAAGGAGAAGAGGGAUGUCGAAGUUGCCAUCUUCGACGGCCUUGACAACAAAACUCGGAAAUUGCUCAAGGUCUUUAUCAAGCUUGGAUGGAAGAAGUUGCAUAAAUACUACAACCGUCUGACUAGCGCCGCCUAUGUAGGCGCUGUUGUUUUCAACCCGGCGAAGAAAUGGCGUCUUCUAGAUCGACUUUGGUCUCGGGUACCAUCCCGUAAGACCGAGACUUGGCGAUCGGAGUACGAAGAAAAACUGUUGGAGAUCUGGGAGAAUAAGGAGCGCGAAGUUGGCUGUGAGGUGUUCGCUUCGACUGACGGGGCCUCGAUGGAUUACAUCGAGCGGAGGCUUGCAAGGAGUGUAGCUGGCCCACCAGGUACGCAGACUUCGCCCUUUGCGGCGUCCUCGCGCAGGGGCAAGAGCACCCGAAAGACAAAACAGUCGGCAGCGGGAGCGAUGGCUGACGAUGAAUAUGCUCGGUACUGCGCUGAGGAUGUUGUAAACAGUCACCACUACAGAAGCAGGCCGAUUGACUGGUGGAAAAUUAACGGUCAUCGGUACUCGCGACUGUCUCUAAUGGCAGUUGAUAUGCUGACUAUUCCAUCGUCUUCCGCGGAGAGCGAGAGGACGUUCAGCAGCUCUGGACGUAUGAUGGUGCCAUUGCGGAGCCGACUGAGGAGGGAAAUAGUGGCGAUGGCUCAAUGCAUUCGAUCAUGGAGUAAAGCUGGGAUCUACACACCUUCAUUGCCGCUUCUUAGCCUCAGUGAAGAUACCUGGGCUGACAUCCUUGUGUCGCCCAAGGGGACGGGUGACAUUUAA